AUGAAGGGAGUUCAGCAUUUUGGCAGACGAGGAAAACUUGCCCCGAGGUAUAUUGGACCAUUCCUGAUUAUUGAGCAUAUUAGAGCUGUUUCAUAUCGGCUAGACCUACCAGCAUCCAUGUCGAGCAUACACGAUGUUUUUCAUGUUUCGAUGCUUAAGAAGCACCUACGCGACGAGGAGGAGCAGCAAGUAUUAGACGCACCAGAGAUCGAGAUUCAGGAGGAUCUGACUACUAUUGAAAUUCCUAUAUGUAUUCUUGCCAAGGAGGACAAGAAGUUGAGAAACAAGUUGAUACCUUUAGUUAAAGUUCAGUGGAAUCGGAGAGGAGCUGAGGAGGUUUCUUGGGAACGCGAAGAGGAUAUACGUCGCGACUAUCCACACCUGUUUGAGCAGGUAAAUUAA